UAAUAGCUCUAUGGUUUUGUUUGGACCGCGAAACCGGCGAAACUGCUUUCGGCCAGUUGUGCCUUUUUCCUGCUGUACUGCGCUUUCGUAAAUAUUUUCACGGGUUCUCAACGCCAAAUCUCACUGCUUAUACACAGAAAAAAAAAAAUAAAAAAUUGGCGAAUGACGACAAGCGAGUAGAAAACGUGUCUUCGGUACGCCGCCGCCAGCCUCUGCAACGCUAACGAAAAAAACGCAACUUCGCCGCAUGGCCGCAUGCAAGAUGGCCAGAUGGCCGUCCGGUGUCCGGUGACCGGCCGCACUUGCGCUGCAGCGACCGAGAUGCGCGUGUACCACUGCCGGGUACCAACGUGCCGACGUUGCUUGGUACCGUGUGUACCGCAGGUCGAUCAGAAACCACUAUACAAGACCACAGCACAGCACCAUAGGUUGUGUCAAGAAUAGCUCUGCUGGGUAGAUCCUACUAUACAGGGACUUUAGAUCCUCCGCUGGUGUAGAGGGCUUCACUUUUUCAUAAAAAUGUCGCCAAACUUAACAACGUGUCAUUAAAAACAAAACAAAAAGAACACGGGUUGUACGAUCUGCCGUUCAGACACUUUAGACCUCUGAUGAUUUUCCUAAAAGAUCGCUGUCAUGUUCAAGUACGCGCUGGAACGUGUAAAGAGUAGACAAGCGUGGUCACCCGAACACCGCACGGAUGGCGCGGAGAAUGCGAAUCGCAGUAGUCAAUUUAACCUCGUGCAGUGUUUUUGUUUUGUUGUCGGUCUUUCCUGGCAUAGGCAGUGCUAAUUCGACGUCAACAAAGGUUCAGCUUUAAAUUCCACUAACGCGCCAUUUCAAAAGAACCGCCAUCCUGAGCGUCCAAUGGCGCGCAACGUUCGAACCGGUUCCCAAACUUUCGCAUUUUUUUUACGUUGUUUGCCGCCUCGCCCAUCGUUGAAGAACAUGGCGGCGCCCAGUUCGGUUGUGUAGGGUCAGCGCUUCGGAUUAUGCAUUUUUCGCGCAUUCCGUGACACCGAACGCCGCUGCCUCCGAGAUGGCUUGCGUUCCUCAGAUCCUCGCCAACGUCGUCUUCGCCUGCAUCGUGGUGAGCGUGCUCGCCCAGUUCCACUGGCACGUGCGGGACAGCUUUGACGAGAUCCGAACGCGACUGGACAGGGUGACGGCCGCCAACUGCAAGUUGGUCGAUGUGAACCAGUUGUUCCUGCCCAACGACACCGUGACUCAUGUGCCCAAUAUCAAAAGGCUCAACAUCGACCCGGUGUUCCCCAACCGGACCAACCUGCUCCACCUGCACAACAUGGCCAUUUCGCGCGCCUUCUUCUUCAGCUACAUCCUGCAAAAGGCAGCGGACAACGAUGAGCCUGGCUUCAUGUAUUACUUCAUGUCGGUGAUUGCGGACGUGGCAGCCAAUCGGUUCCUCAACAGCAGUGCCAUCUACUAUGCCCCCAACAUGUCCUUCACCCCCUCCUACAAGAGCUUCUUUAACAAGACCAUGCCUCUCUUUGCACCACGGGCCUACAGGGCGGAUGACUUCAACGACCCGUACCAUUUGGAGGGGACGUCGACACUGAACACGAUCGAGGCCAUCGACCUGGGGGCCAUACCCCUGGACACACCUAGCCGCAACUACUCGAGCGACCAGUACCGCAUCAAUGAGUGGUACCACCACUGGCUCCCCGACCUGACCAAACGCCAGGACUCCAAGACCACCUACACCGUGCAGAUCACCCACUACAAUGGCACCAACGAAACCUUCACCUGGCACGGGCCCCCCGCCGCGUCCGACAAUCCCGGUCCGGUCAAGUGGACGCGUCCUUACUUUGACUGCGACCGCUCCAACAAGUGGACCUACGGGGCGACGGUACCCAUCCCCGACAUCUACCCACGUCACACCCAGUGGCGCCACAUCGAGAUCCCAAAGUAUGUGGCCGUAGCUGUGAUGGAGAUGGACUUUGAGAGGCUGGACAUCAACCAGUGUCCCAUCGGAAGCGGCAACCCUCGGCCAAACUACUUUGCCGGCACGUCGCGCUGCAAGAACGACACCACCGAGUGCGAGCCGGUGAACGGCUAUGGCUUCCGUCGGGGAGGCUACCAGUGCCGCUGCCGGCCGGGGUGGCGGCGGCCCCGCAUUGUGCGCAACCCGUUCCACGGGGAGCUCAUCGAGAGGGCCACCGACCAGGAGUACAAGAAGGGAUACAACUGCGAGAAGAUUGGCUACAUGAUGGUGCAGACGCAGAACCUGCUGCCGCUGUCGCAAGAGGACCGGCGCCUGUAUAUCGGCAAGCAGGCCAACCACAUGGCCAUACUCAACAUCAGCAAGGGUGCACACUUCGACCCCCACACCAUCUUUGCACACAUGAAGUCGGUGACCCCGUCCAACUGCUGGGAGGUGGGACGCAACCACCCAGAGCGUCUGGUCUUGUCCGGGGACGUAGCGUACGGCCGGGACCAAAAGUUGGAGAACGAGGCCCGGUCGGCCGUGCGGCUGGCCAACUUCCUGUCGGGCUUCAUCCAGACCGUGGACCCCAAAGAGCUGUUUGCCGAGUUCCGGGUGCCCGACCGCUCCCUCACCCCGGACCAGGUGAUCGCCGAGGCCCUCUCGCUCGUCAUCGGCAACGAGAAGAUCCAGGGCGUGGGCGUCUACUUCGACCACAAACAGUUCCCUAACCGCACUUUGUUUGCGCCCUACGCCUACCGCAAGACCCGCAAUGCCCUGCGCUUCUUCGUGGACGACGUGGCCCGCAUGCGCCAGGGAGACUACAUCCACCGGGACUUCUUUGCCAAGCUCAAGACCCGCUGGGCUGCCAACAUGGACGAGCUGGUCACGUACACUACCAAGAUCCAGAUCAGGUACAACUCGUCUGGCCACAGCCCGAUCCACUACGACCACUUCCCGCUGCAGUACAAGGCAGCAGAGGUGGAGCACGGCUACUGGACGUCGCCCUACUUCGACUGCAGGGGCUUCCACAAAAACUGGAUCAUCACUUACGCCUCCCCCUUCUUCGGAUGGGACUCCCUUCACAACCGCCUCGAGUUCAAGGGUGUUGUGAGCGUGUCGAUGCUCAUCAACGAGCUGGACAUCAACCAGUGCCCGGACUACGAGGCCUACUCGGAGUUCAACGCAUUCCAGGACACCCACAAGUGCGACCGGCGCUCCUCGAGGUGUGUCCCCAUCCUGGGCCGCGGCUUCGACUCUGGCGGCUACAAGUGCGAGUGUCUGCAAGGGUACGAGUACCCCUACAACGACCCCAUCACCUACUUCGACGGCCAGAUUGUGGAGGCAGAGUUUGAGAAAGUAAUCGAAGACAAUCCGAGCAAGUACGACACCCUCAAGUGUCGCAUUGCAGCCGCAUCUUCAAUCGCCGCCAGCGCCGCCCUGGUGGCACUACUUCUAGUGCUUCGAGCACUCUUUGCCAGUGCCCCGUAACAAAAGCGAGCGGGGUGGCUUUACGGCCUGUCGUUGCCUUUACCGUUCCGACGCCUCAUUUUGGCGGGUGCUUUUCACUGCGGGACUCGACCAGAGCUAGACUUUUCGCCGUGGUUGAUAUCAACAUCCUCGUCACGUGUGUGUGCAUCAUCUUGAACAAUAUUUGUUUCUUUUUAAUGAGCAGAUUUGUUUUUCAUUAGUGUAGAUCUUGUUUUACCCUGGACCCUAUUCCAAAGGUCGUUCUGUUUUAAUUUGUCGGUGGUGGUCAGUACGGUUUGGACGUCUACGAGGGACUUUUUCUACCAAGUUCCUUGGCAUCUGCGUCUCCCUAAGCGUUCCAUUUUGGUGGACGUCUGACUCUGAUGUUUGAUCUGAUUUUUAGUUUUUGUUGUUACAUGAAAGUUUGGUAUAUGGAUGUAGGGAAGGAUGUGCAAGAAGUUUUGGAAGACUAAUUUCUUUAUUGUAGCUAUUUUGUAUUCACUGCUCCUUCUAUUGCAAGGAGGGCCAUGAAGUUUUGUUGGUGUCUUGUUCCUCUAUUGAAAGACUGCUGCUCUAGAAGUGGACUUCGUGACUAGAUCAUCUAAUGUCGCAUAGUUUAGAUUUCUGAAUUUGAGAUUGGAGCUGAUGUCAAACAUCUUUUAGAGUGCAGCUUUUAGGCGCCCGAUUCCGGUUUGAGCGGUGUCGCCGUCGGCGUAACCGUGCACGUUGCAUUAUUUAUUGGAAAUUUUCUCGCUAAAGUUAGCGAAAAAAGUUUCUCGUUAAAUGUAGCAAAAAAAUUUCCUCGCUAAAUAUAGCAGAAAAAUUUCCCCACUAAAUUUAGCAGGGAAGUUCACCCGGUAAGUUAAGGGUAAAAAUUUUCCCGGUAAAUUAGCAGGGAAAUUGACGUCACGUGACCUCAAACCAAUUUAGUCUCCCUGCUAAAUGUAGCGAGAAAAUUUUUCCUAAAUUUCCUAUUAAAUUUAGCAGAAAUAUUUCCUUGCUAAAUUUAGCGGAAAAAUUUUCGCCAAAUUUAGCGGUAAGUUUUACUAAAGUCUCUUGCUAAAUGGGAGGGCAGCAGACUAGGAGGGGAGGGUGCGGAAGAGCAUGCCCUUCUCUCCACACCUUCCCCUGCUCCACCUCAAAAGCUGCACUUUAAUUCGGCAUUACAGAGAAUUGUAAACGUCUAAUUUUUUUAGGUUGCUUACAAUUAUUAUGGGUCAUGCAGAAAGAGUGUACCUACCAUAUCACGCCAUACAAUCAAAAUGUCUCUUCUAAGACAACAUUCCGUCCAUGCUUCAAAUGUUGGAGCUCUGUCUAGGAGCUGUAUAUUUUUUAGAUGCAGUUAUACAUUCCUUUUAAUUCUUGCAAGGUUUUAUCAUUAAUCUUCUUGAAGCUGCACGGCUGCUCUAGGUGAAAUAUUUUCACUGUAGCAGCGCAAUAAUCCAAAUGAUCUGUGCGCUACGAAAGCAUUAUGUAAGCAUACAUUCGUUGGAUGAAAAAGUUGCUCAAGCAGGUUUAUGUGCAUGUGUGUGACUAUAUAUCUAACUUUUCAUUAUAAUUCCCAUUCUUAUGAGAAUGUGGGAGGAGUUGAAUCUGCUAGUGCAGCGUAUCUUUUGUGCCUUUAAGGUUGUAGUUUCAAAGUUAAAAGUUUAUUGGUACAAACAACAUAUUCAAAUAGCUGAAAGCUAGAGACAACCUUGUAGUUAAGCGUGAGCCUAUAUGAGACGGUGCAGUGCUGGCUGCCCUCUUGACAGCAUGAUAACAGAUGAAAAAUGAGAAAGAGGGGGUUGAGGCAUGUAUUACAUAUGAGGAUGAAGACGAAAUGUACCAGGAAAGGAUAAAUGCUGACCACGCAGUCAUACGUGUGCAAACAUAUCCACUUUUUAAUGACAAUUGACCAAUGCAUGUGAAAAGAGUGUGUGCAAGUCUGGCUUGAUGACCAUGCACCUUUAUUUUUAAACUUGUAAUGACCAAUCAACUCUGGGCCUGUGCUUGACCUGUCUAUUUAGUGGUGGAAAUACGUAUUUUCCUGCUCUACUAUUUCAAGCAUAACAUUCCAGAGUGCAGAGGAUGCCUCAGGUGCUUUUGCUUAUUCCACUGCCAAGAAUGACUUGUGCUGUACUCCAGGUUGUCACAUUGAUCCUCUGUUUACGAAUGAAUAUGAAGGCUGUGCCCUUGCAUACACUGGGCCCUGACACAGGUAGCAUAGUUCACAAACUAUGAUCAUGUGGAAGAAAGAAGCUCUUUUACUUGCAUUAAGUGACUCAUUGCUGCUGUGCUAGUUUUUAUUUGAGAUAGAUAUUAUUACUAGUGCAUAGUACUAAAUCCAGGUGUGCGCUAUUUCGACUCGUACUAUUAAAUUUACAACAUAUCUUUUUAUUGGACUGUAUGUAAUUGUCUGAAGCCUUUGUGGUAUUGCAAUAAGAGGGCUUACCAGUGCUGAAAUUAAGAAAAAAGUUUUUGCUCUGUUAUUUUUACAAUGCAACAUAUCUGUAGCAUCAACUUUUAGUGCAUUAAAAUUAGGCAGGUGUAUCCCGGUGACACUGGAAAGUUACAAAUUGGUUUGUUCAGUGAUGAGAGGAAAUAAAGUUAAUAUUCUGAUACUCCCUUUCAUACUAAAAACACCAGCAAAAAUCACAUUGGUACGGUGAUCGUUUAACCGAGCUAUUUGCUAGUCUCUUUCGGAUUCCUCGUUAGCAUCCAAACAUGUUUCAAACAUAGAACUCCUUGUGGCUUUAUUUUCAAGCUUACUCGGUCUGACCCCAAAAGAAAGGUUUUUAACACUGGCAUACCAAUGUUCACCUUCACCCACUGUUGCCUUGCCUAAGCUGUACGGUGUUCGUAAGUCUGGAACAUAGUCCCAUGACAUGAUGUGAAGCCUGGGUAUGCGCUUAUAUACAGGCUUGUCUGGUGCUUGUUUGAUACACUGGCUUAUACCCAUCAUUUGCUGUUUCAUAUUUUACAUAAUAAAGAAGUUUUCAACAUC